AUGUUUUCUAAAGAAGACGAAAUUAGCAAAUUUUCUUCUUGCAAUAAAGAUAUAUACAAGGCCAAAAAAGGAAAAUCAAUAAUAAAUUCAAUUUUUGAGCUUUAUUGCCAACUUUAUCAUAGCAAGUCAAUUGAAGAAAAAUCCCUCUUCAGCCAAAAGGCUACAAAAUCUAUUGAAAGUGGAAUUUGGAGCUGUCAAAUUGCUAGCUUAUUAUGAAUUCCAAGCCUUUCAAUUGCAAAUUGAAAUCAAACUAAGAAAAUUUGAGAAUUUAUUGGUUACUCAAGGCUUGACAACAUUUUUUCAGAUUUGGAUCUCUUAUUUGAGUUUUUUUACUUGUCAAUUACUAUUACUUUUGUGCUUUUUUUAAGUUAUAACGUUUUACUUUUUAUUACUUAUCGCUCCUUUAUUUUGCCAAGAUUAGUCUUUGAUAUAUUUAAUUGAGUUUUCAAUUUAUGGACAAUUAUGCUAUUUAUUCCAUCCACGGUAAUAUUUUCCAUAUUUUUGAAGUAUAAUUUUUUACCUCAAAAAUUUAUAUCUGAAUACAAGAAUAAUAAUGAUUCAGAAAGUUUUGAGCUUAGCAUAGCAUGACAGAUCUUUAUAGUUUUAGCAAUGAUUAUUAAUUUUUUGAUGAUUUUAUUUUAUACUGAAUUUUCAGGAGAAAUGAGGCAUUUUGCCAGUGAAAAGAUUAUCAAAGCAAAAGCUCAUUCCAAAAUUGAUGUUCAUACUAUAAUUUUUACUUAUUUUUCAGCAAUGAUUUGUGUGCUAUUUGACGAAAAUAAUAUUAUUUAUUUUCAGCUGGCUGAAAUGAUUAUUUCAAUCCUUAUAAUUAUAGAAAUUAUUGUGCUUCUACCAUAUUUUUCUUACUAUUCCAAUCUAAUGCUCACUCUUCAGUUUCUUACUGUUGCUUUUAUUUCUUUUGGGUUCAUUUUAGGGAAUUUAAUUGAUAACUCGCUAUUUAUUAUUUUAAUAACAAUCUUUUUGUGACCCCUAUCUGUUCUAUUUGCUAUACAAAUUACUUGGUUAUUUCAAAAAAAAUUAAAUUCAAAGCCCCCAAUCGACUUGACAGGAAUUAAAUCUAAAUACCUGCUGGAAAAAUCUUUGAGACAGUCGUUGUGCAAAAAUGAUAUUGAAAAUAAAAGCCAGAUAAUUUACCUCUUUGAAAAAUUUUUUCUAGAAAAUGUCUUGCUUCGAGAUAAGCUUCAAGGUAUCUGAAUGGCAAAUUACUGCCUUUUUACUUUAAGAGAUGAAUCCCUAGCAAAAUUUAAGUUAUGCAAAUCUAAAAAAAUUUUAGAAUGGAACUUGGAAACAAACUUUCAGGAAUAUUUAUGUAGCAUUAAUGCUAAAUGCACUUCUCCUAGUGAAAGUACAGAGUUUAUAGAUUAUUUUCAGCAAUUAAUGAUAAUAAAAAAUCAAGAUUUUAAGUUAUGCGCAAAAUUAUUGAAAUUCUGAGAAGAAAUAAUAUCGCAUAAGCCUUCUCUGUGCAGGCUUACUAAAAGUCUGGACUGAUUAGAUAAAAGAAUCCUAUUUCUUAAUAGUCAAUACACAGACCUAACAGCAAAAUUUUUUUAUUCCAAAGAAUUUUUAUCCCUCUAUGCUUCAUUUUCAAAAGAUGUCCUUUUUGAUCAAGAGAAAUCUAAUUUUCUUGAGAAUAAACUAAAAUCAACUGACAUAAAUAUCAUAAGCUCAUAUCCAAAAAGCUUUAGCUGAUUUAAUGACAUUAAUGGAGUCUUAAUAAUAUCAGCUGAAGAGGAAAGCUUUGGCCAAAUCCUUUUCUCUAACAUAACAGCCAAAAGCAUAACAAAAUUAUGAACAAUUGACGAAAUCAAUAUAGUGGAUAUUAUCCCCUCUUACUAUCGUGAAAAAAUGAAAGAAGAACUUAAUAAUAUAUUGCAUUACAGCUCAACUGGAGAAAUUGACUUAAGCGAAGGAUUAUUUUUAAAUCUUAACUCAAAUUUUAUAACAGAGUGCGUUGGAAAAGUAUUUAUUACUUCAAUUGAUAAUUUUUUUAUUUUUAUGCUGAUAUUUAAACAAAAGGAAGCAAAAAAUGAGAUAGCAUUAAUUUCUGAAAAUGGAGAAAUUUAUGGGCACUCAAAAAACUUUCCAAAAGCAGUCAAAAUAAACUCUGAAAAUUUAACAGGGUUUAAUAUAAAAAAGCUAUUUUCAGAAGAAAAAGAGUUUGAUUUACAAUGGUCUGUGCCUUACUAUUUGCAAAAUUGUGAAAAUGAAACUCUAUUGAUUUUUUCUUGAACUUAUUUUUAUAAAUUGAAAGUACUUUAUGCUUUAUUAAUAAAUGAUUAUGAAGAAAUUCAAAUUUGAAAAAAGAAUAAUUCUGCUCUUCAAGAAGAAUUUGCUUUGAAUCGGAAAUUAUCAUUAAAGCAAACUAAGUUGGAAGAACAUAAAAAAUUUAGCUGGAAAAAAAUAUAUAAAUUAGAAAAGGAAAGCACUCGAUCUGAUUUGAAUUUAAGCCCAGAAAUUAUUAAUGAUACUACAGAUGAUAAUUACAAUUUAUUAAAAAUAAAAGAUGAAGAAGACAAAUACUUAAUAUCAGAAAAUCCACGAUAUAACAAUUUUCUUAAUCAAGCCUUAUUGUCAACCCAAUCAAUCAAUAUUUUGCAUGCUGCUUUUAUUAUAUCAGUAAAUUUUAUAUAGAUUAUUGCUGUUUUAAGCACAAAUAUUUCAGUCUUAUUUUUUGCAUUCUCCAACAUUAAUUUUAUCCGAAACAUGGAUCUUCCUAUAGUUAUUGGAAAAAUAGAAAAAGCAAUGCAAAAUAUAGCCUGCACUGUAGAAAUACUUUGAUUAUUUGGAAGUGAUACAGAGCCUUCCUCUCAGAUAAUUUUAUAUCAAGCUAAAACCUUAUUAUCAGUUUUUGUAGAUCGACUGAAAAGCUUAUAUCUGAACGUUACUUCUAAUAUAGAAGAUUGAAAUUAUUGCUCAGGACAGCAUAUAUUUUAUGAUAAAAGUAUAAAUGCCUGAAACUCAGGUAUUAAUGAAAAAACAAAUUUAUUUAAUAUGAUUUUAGAGUUCAUUCAGAUGGUAAACAAUAUUUAGGGGAAUAAAUUAGCAAUAAAAUUUAAUAGAACAGAAUAUAUUUCGGAGGAAGCUUCGUUCCUAAUAAUAAAUGGCUAUGGAGAAGCAUUUAGACACUGCAAUAGCUCUUUACAUGAAGUUAUUGAAUGUCAAAGCUCAAUAAUGUCUGAUUUUAAAGCUGAAAUGCGGCUUCUGCUGCUAUUAGGAAUUUGCGUCCUUGCUUUAUGCUCCUGUGCAAUUAUUCCAUUCGGCUACUCUGCUAUCAAAUAUGAAAGUAAACUUUGAAAUAAUUUAAGAAAAAAAGUAUAUGAUAACUAUUCUGAGCUUAAACAAUCCCUUUUAGAAAGAAUUAAAAAUACUCACUUGCAACAUGAAGUUCUGCUCACUCCCCCACUCUGUGAGCGAACAAAAAAAUCUUGUUUGCUCACGGAGGGGGGUUAUUUUUUUUUUAAAAACAUUUAUAUGUAAAUUUUAAAGAACAAAAUUUUUUUCAGAAUUUAAAAAAAAUCCCACUUCUCAAAAAUUGGGAAAGAAAAUAUUAAUUUAAUUUAUAAAAUUUAUGCUUUAAAACACAAUUUGUUUAAAAUUAAACAGAAUUAGCUCGAGAUUUCAUAAUAGUAUUUAUUACAUACAUAUCAAAAAUUUUCCCAUAAAACAUUUUUUGUUCGCUCACGGAGGGUUUUUGGGCAAAAAAUAGGGAUUUUUCUAAUGGUUUUGUUCGCUCACAGAGGGGGGAGUUAGUAAUAAAAAAUCUACAAAGAAAUCAUUUUACUUCAGAAAUUACUGAAAAUAUAUUUGAAGAAUAUCAGUUUAUGCAUUGAUCGCUACUAUGUUUUCUGUAACUAGCAUUACUUAUCUUUAUGAAAAAUGCACAGACUAUUUGACUUACAGGCCUGAAGUAAUGAAAGAAUUAAUAUAUGAACAGAUUUUACAGAAUUCUUUAGUAAUAUGAACAAUGAAUUCUCAGUUUGAAAUUUGAGGAGUACCAUUAGUAUAUAGAUACCCUAAUGCGUACCCAUUUAUGGAUAGUAUAGCUGAGUUUGAAGAAUUUAUGCCAAAGCUCGGCCAUUCUAAAUUAGUAUUAAGAAAUUCGAAGUACUUACUCCCCCCCCUCCGUGAGUGAACAAAACCAUAGAAAAAUCGCGCUAUUUUUUGCCCAAAAACCCACCCUCCGUGAGUGAACAAAAAUUUUUUUAAUACAAAAAUUUUUUAUGGAAAAAAAAUUUGAUAUAUAAAAAUGAUAAUUAGUAUAAUGAAAUCUAAGCUAAUUCUGUUUAAUUUUAAACGAAUUGCUUUUUAAAACAUAAAUUUUAUAAAUUAAAUUAAUUUUUGCUUUCCAAUUUUUGCGAAUUAGGAUUUUUUUAAAUUUCGAAAAAAAAUAUUUUUUAUAAAAUUUAUAUAUAAAUUUUUUAAAAAAAAAAAAUUAACCCCCCUCCAUGAGUGAACAAAUUUUUUUUGUUCACUCACGGAGGGGGGGGGAGUUACCAAUAUUAUCUACUAAGUUUAGGAAAAUAUUUUAUGAGCAUAUAGAUAAUUCACCUAUUGAUUAUUUUGAGUUUGGUGCAUACACAGCUCAAGAAAUGGUAAAAAUUGACAGCUAUUUACUUGCAUACACGGACCAAGACCCUUUGUUACUAUUAAAUUGAGUAUUUUAUAUUGUAACUCUAAGCGAUAGUUAUGAUAUGCUUAUUGACGAGAUUGAUCUAUAUUCUCAAACCAUAAUUGAAGACCAAAUGGCAAUUAUAAUAGGAACAUUCGUAGUUUUUGCUAUAUGCUCUAUCCUCAUAUAUUUUACAUUGUAUUUUGUGUUCUUUAAGAAGGAAAAAUUAUAUCUGCAGAAGAUCAGAUCAAUUAUGAAAAUUGUGCCUACAUAA